GAACAGGAAUCACGUCCAAGUUCGCUCAAGCAGAUCAAGUUCUGAAGCAAGAAAUGGCUGAACAGGAACAUGAAAGGAGUUGGAAACCGAUUCAUCAGUUGAUGUUUGACUACCUAAAACAUUUGGGAUAUGAUGACACUGUUGUAGAGGAAUUCAAGAAGCGAUGUCUGGAUGCCAAUUAUCCGUACUUCAAACCUUUCGAUGAUUGGAUUUUCAUCCGUACCAGUUUUCCUAGUAGCUCCAGUGGACCUGUUCAGAUCGGGAAAGUUACUACCAUUGAUCCUACAAAAGUUUAUCGACUUAUUAGUGGAGAAGCACGUCUUGUUGAGGAGUUUGGGAAUGUUACUUUGAAUGAGACAACAGGGGGGACUAUGGAUGAUCGGAUUUUCCGCCCUACAAGUUUUCCUAGUAGCUCCAGUGGAACUGUUCAGAUUGGGAAAGUUACUUCCACUGAUCCUACAAAAGUUUAUCGACUUGUUAGUGGAGAAGCACGUCUUGUUGAGGAGAUUCAGAAUGUUCCUUUGUAUGAGAUAGAUGUAACAACUAGUGAUCCCCUUGCCUUUCCUAAUGAGACAGCAGAGACAUUUAGUGAUCCCUUUUCUCCUUAUGAUCCAGAUGAGACAAUUAGUGAUCCCAUUCCCUUAUCACCCAUUCCCUAUGAAUUGGUGGAUCCUGAAAAGGUGCAUAUGUUUGGAGAAAUACUGGGAGUGGGGUUACUACCACCUCCAUCGGAUCCUUCGCUCAAGGACUGAAGUUGUUCUAUGGAGCUGUCUUCCCUUAUUACUGUGAAAAGGUUAAGAGUUCUUUUGACUAAAAUAAAUCAUCUCAUGCUGUCGUCAAUA